AUGGAGAACACGACAGAUUUUGCCUCGCAACCCGGGAAGCUACCCACCCACCCCACCCACUGCGGCAUGGACGCCGGGCCCGGGGCCCGCUGGGCCGCGGGCGGGGAGGGGCGGGAGGACCUAGCACCGGGCUUGGCUUCUGUUCCAAAAUUUGACAAGGUUCCUUGGCUUAGUGAAGCCAGCAUCAUAAACAAGCCAUUAGUGCUCAGCCUACCCCAAAGAUCCCCUCAUUUCUCUGCCACUUCAUUCAAGAAGAAUCUGGGUUUGCCGAUUCUGUUUCAAGUUCCAGAUGACUUAUGGAAGGAAAAGAAGAACCAGAGCAAUGUCAUGCUGGUUAGAAAAAAACAACUGUGUCCUACAUGUCAAGAAAUAAAAAUGGUACAACCAACAAUGAUAGAAAUCCCAGAUGAUCUGAAACUAUCUUUUGAGAAACUUAUGUAUCAUAGCCAGAAUGGCAUCUUGUCCUACUUUGAGCAAGACAUGCAAUACAAUCUACCUUUGACUGACCCAGAAAAACUGCUGGAACUGUCCCAGGGCUGCUGGUUUCUACAACUUAAACAUGUUGAUACUCCAAAUCUAAGUAACUCUUGUUCUUGCUUCCUCUUGUGCUACCCUCUAGAGAGCAUUCACUACAGACUGCCUAUCAUAGGCCCCAGAUCAGCUGCCUUCCAUGGACUGCUAUCAGAUGCCUACAGAGCUCUCGAGAAGACGCAGCACUCCUCAUUAAGAAAGGCACCAAUGGGCAAGACAGUGAAGCAAUGAGUGGUUGACUCCCAGGGACAAAGCAACUCCUCCAAGCCAAUCUCUAGCACUUGUGCCUCCUCAUAAUUCCUUCAACUUUGGCUCUAUUCUGGCUGACUUUAUAGUCUUUGCCACUUGCUGUCCAAUUGUUCCUAUAGAGAUGAGAUAAUUUAA